UCUUCUUCUAGUUUUGAAAUCUCCCUUUCUCUCUCGCCCUUUGGUUUGGCCAUCUCCUUGUUGUGUCCUUGGAUCUCGCUUUCUCCCCUGUAAAUCUCCACCACUUGUCUCGGCUCCGUCGAAGCCCGGCUUCUUAAUAGUGUUGGCAUACUUCGAAGCUGAACUUAAUCGAGCCGCAGCUCAUAAGAUGCUUUGAGGUUAAGCUUUUCUGGUAAUCUGAAUCCUUUAAUUCAUUGUGCAUGUCGGCCCCAUUAGCUUCUGCCAGUGAGGUGGAACCACUCCCAUCCUUUUCACAAAGAGAUAGCCAAUCAUUUGAUGCAAGUUGCUUCUACAGGGAUCCAUCACUGCCCAAUGGACAAGCUUAUCAUUUACGUGAUGCAACUUUUUGUGAACUCCUACUUCCCAAUGGGGAUAUGUACUCGGGAACAGUUUUGGGCAACACACCCGAGGGUUCAGGAAAGUAUGUCUGGUCAGAUGGUUACUCUUACGAAGGCGAAUGGCGGAGGGGAAUGAUGCAUGGUAAUGGAAAACUUUCAUCACCUUCAGGAGCAUUUUAUGAGGGAGAUUUUUCUGGUGGCUAUAUGCAUGGUUCUGGCCUUUAUGUCGGGCCAGAUAAGUCAACCUAUAAUGGACGCUGGAAGCUGAAUCUCAAGCAUGGGUUAGGGCAGCAAAACUUUCCUAAUGGAGAUGUUUUUAAUGGUUCGUGGAUUCAAGGAAGUAUUGAAGGGCUUGGAAAAUAUAUCUGGGCUAAUAAGAACGUUUAUGAAGGUUAUAUGAGAGGAGGUAAGAUGUCAGGUAAGGGAACCCUUACUUGGGAAGAUGGGGAUUCCUAUGAAGGGAGUUGGUUAGAUGGUAUGAUGCAUGGGUAUGGGGUUUACACCUGGAAUGAUGGUGGCUGCUAUGUUGGUACGUGGACUAGGGGUUUGAAGGACGGGAAAGGAACCUUCUAUCCAGAAGGAAGUAAAAUACCUGCUGCCCAAGAAUGUUACAUUAACGCUUUGAGGAAGAGAGGGCUACUUCCUGAUUUGAAAAGGCAAAUUCAUAGCUCUCGCAUUCUUCAUUCUUCUUCUAUUGAUAUGGGAAUCAUUAAAGUUAGUGAUACUCGAGCAUCUACUGGCAUCUCAUCUGACAAUCUGCCUAAAGGUAAUCUAUUAAAUUUUGAACAGUCCCGUGGGGGAAAUGUAGCCCUGGAGAGACGAUGGAGCCUUGAGGUAGCAAUUGAAAAGGUGAUAGGCCACAAUUCAGUUUUAAGUUCUGGUGACAGUUUCCGCGAAAGUGAGAAAUCAGUUGAUGCUAAUGUUCCAACUUUAGAAAGGGAAUACAUGCAAGGGGUUCUUAUUAGCGAGCUCGUGAUUAACAAUAGCUUUUCAGUGUCAUCUAGAAGCGAAAGGAGGCGUCAGAAGAAGUUAAUUGGCGUAAAAAAGCCUGGGGAGACUAUAAUCAAGGGCCACAGAAGUUAUGAUUUGAUGCUUUGUCUGCAGCUUGGAAUCAGAUACACAGUUGGAAAAAUUACACCAAUACAAAGGCGUGAAGUUCGUGCAUCGGAUUUUGGUCCUCGUGCAAGCUUUUGGAUGGAUUUUCCAAAAUCUGGCUCUCAAUUAACACCUUCCCACCGCUCAGAAGAUUUCAAAUGGAAAGACUAUUGUCCCAUGGUAUUCAGAAAUUUAAGGGAAAUGUUCAAGAUUGAUGCUGCAGACUACAUGAUAUCAAUUUGUGGAAAUUCUGCAUUGAGAGAGCUUUCUUCACCAGGGAAAAGUGGCAGUGUCUUUUUCCUCUCUCAGGAUGAUCGGUUUAUGAUCAAAACACUACGCAAAUCUGAAGUGCGGGUGCUGUUGCGGAUGCUGCCGAACUAUCAUCAUCAUGUAAAAACUUAUGAGAAUACUCUUAUAACCAAAUUUUUUGGUCUUCAUCGGGUGAAACCUUCUAGUGGUCAAAAGUUCCGGUUCGUUGUAAUGGGAAACAUGUUUUGCACAGAAUUAAGAAUUCACCGUAGAUUUGAUUUGAAGGGAUCCUCCCUUGGGCGUUCUUCUGACAAAAUUGAAAUUGACGAGAAUACAACACUCAAAGACCUGGAUUUGAAUUAUUCCUUUUAUUUGGAGCCUUCAUGGAGGGAAGCUCUACUCAUGCAGAUAGAGAUAGAUAGCAAAUUUUUGGAAGCACAGCGUAUUAUGGAUUAUAGCCUUUUAUUAGGCGUACAUUAUAGGGCUCCAACGCAUUUAAGAUCACUAUCUCAACGAAGAAAUGUUGCAUCAGAUAGACUGGCUAUUCUUUCUGAAGAAGCACAAGAAGAUGACAUUUCUAACUAUCCAGAAGGCCUUGUUUUGGUUCCUCGUGGGGGUGACGGCAAUGGCGUUGUAGUGGGGCCCCAUAUUAGAGGCAACCGCUUGCGUGCAUCUGCAGCUGGUGACGAGGAAGUGGAUCUUCUACUUCCAGGCACAGCAAGGCUACAGAUACAAUUGGGAGUAAACAUGCCAGCAAGAGCAGAGCAUAUUCCCAAGAAAGAUGAUGAUAAGCAUAUUUUCCAUGAGGUUUAUGAUGUAGUCCUCUACCUAGGAAUUAUUGACAUAUUGCAGGCAUACAACAUAAGCAAGAAGAUUGAGCAUGCCUAUAAAUCCCUUCAGUUUGAUCAUCUCGCCAUCUCAGCGGUAGAUCCUCAAUUUUAUUCAGAGCGCUUUUUAAAGUUUAUCCAAACCGUUUUUCCAAAAACCGAUAGCUUUUAAAUGCUCGGCCAUGAUGUGUAUAUUUGUUUUGGAACAUUGUAUUACUUUUUUUUCAAGAGGCCAAAUUGUGUAUUUUGAUCCAGGAUUUCAAAAGCUUGUAGAAAAUCAAACAUUUUUUUUUACAACUAUUAUAAUAUCAGCUAGGUAUGUCUUUUC